AACAGCCCCAGCUCGAACCGGACUUUGCAUACAACAGCGGGUUAUGAAUAUCGCCUUACAAUUAACGUGGCUGUUACGUCGUGACGGUGGCCAACACUCAGCAGUUUCGACAGUGCGGAUUUUAUGUUCCGGCACCUCUGUCGCAUUACGUAGCGCUCCGACGCUCAGACAAUAAAUAUGAUGCAGAGCAUCGUAGGAAAACUACAUUAUUCGAGCGUUGGUGCUACGAUCGCACGUGCUGUUGUUAGAUGUUUAUCGACGUCAGGCUCCGCCACGGGUGAGACCGCAGGCUCGUCUAAAGAAGCGGCCAGUGCUCAAGCGAUGGACGAGGUUCUUCUAAAAGACGUUGGAGACAGCGGCGUGAUAGUUUUAAACCGGCCUAAGGCGUUGAACGCCGUAAAUUUGUCCAUGAUCCAGAAAAUACAUUCCGCCCUCAAGCAGUGGGAAUCUUCCAAGAAACUGGUGAUAGUAGAAGGCGCGGGUGAUAAAGCGUUUUGCGCGGGCGGUGACGUUAAGUCGCUCGUCCUGGCGUUGAACGAACCAGAAGGGAACCUCCUGGGUGAGGAGUUCUUCAGAACGGAGUAUACCAUGAAUCAUCUCAUCGGGACGUAUAAGAAGCCGUACAUUGCUAUCAUCAAUGGAAUAACGAUGGGAGGCGGCGUUGGAUUGUCUGUACACGGCAAAUACAGAAUUGCCACGGAGAAGACCCUCUUCGCCAUGCCGGAAACGGCGAUAGGACUGUUUCCCGAUGUCGGCGCGACUUAUUUCUUGUCUAGACUGAAGGGAAGACUGGGCACCUACCUGGGUCUCACGGGACACAGGUUGAAAGGUGUCGAUGUUCUCCUGGCUGGAAUCGCGACGCACUUUGUACCAUCGGAGAAACUUGCGGACUUAAAACGCGAUUUAUUAACGUUACGCGACAACGACAUCGAACCCAUUUUAAACAAAUAUCAACCGAAGUUAAAUCACGAAUUCAGCUUGGCGCCUCAUAUGUCGCAGAUAGAGAGCUGCUUCUCUGCUCCAUCCGUCGAAGAGAUAGUCGAGAGGCUAAAGAAAGAUAAUUCGGAUUGGGCACAGAAGAACGUGGAGACACUACUCAAAAUGUCUCCGUCCUCCCUCAAAGUUAGUAAAAAGGCGAUCGACGAAGGAAAAGGAAAAUCUUUAACGGAUUGUUUAAAGAUCGAAUAUAGAUUGGCCUGCACGGCCCUGACUAGAGACGGCGAUUUCUAUGAAGGUGUCAGAGCUCUCCUGGUCGACAAAGAUCAGAAACCAGUAUGGAAGCCGAUAUCCUUGGCUGAUGUAACGAAUGAAUAUGUAGAUAAACGAUUCGCGGCGCUUCCUGCGGAGAAAGAAUUGCAGUUGUGCGUCAGCAAACUGUAGGAAUUAAGACAAGUGUCUUAUAUAUACUGUGGAUAUAUAUAUAUUGUUAUGAAAACAAGUUCCUAAAGAUUAUUUUUAUACCCUAAUUUUGUACAGAUUGAGAUUUAUAUUAAAAUUGUUAACAUUAACUCUUUCAGGUUUAAUUUCCUAUAUUUUUUGCAACAGAUUUAUACCGCAAAUUAAUUUACCAGAAACCAUGUCUUUGUAAAUGGCGCACCAUACAAUCGUGUGAAAUAUAAAACAUUUUAUUGGUGCAAAA